GGACCACAGAACUAUAAUAGUCAUAGUUUCAAAGACUUUAGUAUCAAGAUCAUACUAGUACAGAGAUAGAUCACAUAGUAGAGAACAGGGUUGCCAAAGAAAGGCCGUGAUUUGUGGGGUACUUUAUGGAGAGUACUAUUGACAAACAAUCUUUUGUCAGGGUUCCCAAGGGGAAGAUACGCGGAGACUCCCAAUCGAUGGUUAACAUGCCUGAGCGAGCGGUGGAACGAUAUAAUUCGAACCAGCUUAAGGCUGCAUGCCAAGGGGGAAUAUGCGUUGUCUACGCCUGCCCAGAUGGUUGAAAGUUUGGGACGAUAAGUCUCUUGUCUACACGGUGCAUAAGUUGGAACUAAUAUACCUAAAAUAUGUCCCAACCCGUUACAUGUCAAAUACCUGAAUUUUUACCGGCCAUGAUCUCUGAUAGUUUCUGAAACAUCUGCCUAUAAAUACAGCUUUUAAUGCAGUCAAUAUAAUUACAUGCUAUUGAUUAUCUU